CCAGCGAUAUCAUUCUAGCCGAACCGGCUUUGGCUCGGCUGACCCAGGGCGUAUAAAGCACCACCAUGUUACAGGAUUCACUUAUCUGACUCGAACCAUCAGCAUGAGUGCGACGUCCACUAUUCUACUUACCCCCCGGCCCUAUGCCAAUCUAGCAGGCUCAUUUAUUCUUGUACCACUACUGCCAAGCCCCAAACCCAAAAAAGUUUUCCCAGCGGAGAUAUGGGACGAAGUCUUCAAAUGUGAAUCUGCGCUUCCUCUCGCGUAUCAGCGCGUUCAGAUAUCCACUGUCUCCAAGCUAGAAAAAUUCUACACUACAUUGUAUUCUGCAGAUCAAAAAUGGGACUCCAUUCGUAGAAUUCCCUACUCGGCGCCUGGACGAUGGGUCCAGGUACUUGAUCUUUCCAACUUGACGUUUACAGGGCAUGCACAAGCGUUGCUUCUGGACUCGUUGCUCACUCAGUUGUUCCCUUUGACGCCGCUUCUAUCCCACUUCUCCAUCAACCCUGCUUUUACUCUCAGUUGCCGCGCACUGACGGCUCUGGGAGACAGGGAAGGCGCGAUCAACCUGAAGUCGUUGGAAGGAAUAAGUCAUGUUCCUACUGCGUCUUUGGCUGAUUCUCUGACCGAGGAGGAACCCAUCGUCAAGCUGCUUCGAAACUGCCCGGCCUUGCAAGAACUUGAGGUCGUCGGCGGAGGCCUUGACCCUUCGGAAGCGGAAUGGUCGUUCAAGCCGACGGAGUUAUCCGUUUUGCAGUCAUUCAAGCCCUUAUCGUUACCUAACCUUCGCAUUUUGACAUUGCUAUCAAUUCAUUCAGGUUCUCUUCUGCACGCCUUACUUCUGUCGCCACUCCCCGCACUAUGCAAGGUAACCAUUACCCCGUACGAUGAUAUCCCAUACCCAUCUUCCCUGGUGUCGCAAUUCAUCGCAACCCAUGGGCCUAAUCUUCGUUCGUUACUGUUAUUCACACCAAAGUCCUGGCCUACAAGACUGCACCCUUCUCCUCGGACAUUGUUAUUAACAUGCCCGAAACUACGGCAUCUAUCACUAGAACACCCGUUACCGUCGCUCCUUACGACAGAGCCUCAUCAGCUGCAAUAUCUAUCUAUACCCCGUCCAAGUAGCCCUUCCUGGGAAAUACUUGUCCGUCUUCUCCAGCAAUUGCCUAAUCUAUGUGCUGUAAGAAUCAGGGACGUUCGGUGGCUCCGGAAAGGAAUGAACACUAGGGCACAGGAGGCAGGUGUACAAGGUGAAAUGAAGGAAUGGCGCCGAAGAUUGGCGCGAAGAGGUGUUAAAUUACUGGACACUGAUUGGAAAGAUAUCGAGGUGUGAUAUUAUACCGUUUGAUCUUAUGUUUUUUUACUUACCUAUCUACUCCCUACUCCUUGUAUUUGUGCGGACUUAAUAUGCUUGGCUCUGUAGUGUUGUAAUCUCAUGUACAUUUAAUCACAUUAACUAGGAAGUUUCCAAUCUAGUACAUGAAGACUUCUCAGAACA